CACACACACACACACACCGGCAGCUCCAUUAGCUCCUCCAGCAUCAGUGAUGGUGGGAGCGAUGAGGACACACACACUCCUCCGCCGGGAGAAGCGCAGGGACGUCCUGCUGUACAUCAUCUCUGCCGUCUUCGUCGUUCUGCUCGUCUUCGCGGCGGCACGGCUCGUCUCCCGCGCGGGUGAGGGUGUCCAGCGCGCCGCUUCUGCCCGAGUCCGUCGAGACGUCGGGAAUGCGAGCGAGUGCAUCCCGCCGCAGUCCUCGGAGUUUCCUGAGGGAUUCUUCACGCUUCAGGAGAGGAGAGACGGCGGGAUCCUGAUCCACUUCAUGAUCGUCUUCUACAUGCUCCUGGCCGUGUCCAUCGUGUGCGACGACUACUUCCUGCCGUCGCUGGAGGUCAUCAGCGAGCGACUCGGUCUUUCUCAAGAUGUUGCUGGAGCCACGUUCAUGGCAGCGGGAAGUUCGGCACCAGAACUCGUCACUGCGUUUCUGGGUGUGUUUGUGACUAAAGGAGACAUCGGCGUGAGCACCAUCAUGGGGUCGGCCGUGUACAACCUCCUGUGCAUCUGUGCGGCGUGCGGCCUCCUGACCUCUGUGACGGCUCGUCUCACGUGCUGGCCGUUAUUCAGAGACUGUGUCGCAUACGCCAUCAGCGUCGCCGCCGUCAUCGCCAUCAUCUCAGAUAACAGAGUUUACUGGUAUGACGGCGCGUGCCUCCUGCUGGUGUACGGUGUGUAUGUGCUGGUGCUGUGCUUCGACCUGAGGAUCAGCGAGUACGUGCUGCGGCGCUUCAGCCCGUGUUGUGUGUGUGUGAGCAAGAGCUCGGGCGAGGCCGAGGAGCAGCCGCUGGUGGGGUGGAGCGACGGCAGUCUGCGGGUUCACCGGCGCUCCCGAGCCGACAGCGGCAUCUUCCAGGACGAGUCCGGAUACUCCCAGCUCUCGCUCAGCCUGCACGGCCUCAACGAGAUCGGAAAAGAACAGAAGAGUGUGUUCUCGAUGCCCGAACACGACCUGAAGCGGAUCCUGUGGGUUCUGUCUCUGCCGGUCAUCGUGUUGCUGUUCCUGACCGUUCCCGACUGCAGGAGACGCUUCUGGAAGAGAUGGUACAUAAUCACGUUCCUGAUGUCUGCCGUCUGGAUCUCCGCCUUCACAUACGUCCUGGUGUGGAUGGUCACCAUCGUGGGUGAGACGCUGGGAAUCCCGGACACAGUCAUGGGAAUGACGCUCCUGGCAGCAGGAACCAGCAUUCCCGACACCGUGGCCAGUGUGAUGGUGGCUCGCGAAGGUAAAGAACCGGCCUUGAGCACACAAACAUCACAUGACCAGCUUAUUUAUCUAUCCUUCAUUUAACCAGAUAAAUCCCAUGAGAUAU